AUGAAAUCAAUCAAUAUUUCUUAUUCAAAAUCUAUUGCAGCAAAUUUAUACAAGGUUUAUUUUCGUACUAAUUCAAACGUAACAUUUUCAACUUUUUCAAAUAACACUUCUAAAAACACCAAGUACGAAGCACACCAUUAUGCUUCAUUUAAUUAUCUUAAUUUUAAUAUUCAGUUUUGUAAUUUCUUCGAAGAUGAAUGCCACUUGCUUAUUUUCAGCGAACAUAGUAAUUUCUAUAUCAUUAAUUGCAAUUUUUAUAAAAAUAACAUCAAAAGUUUGUAUUUCAAAACGUUAAAACGAAUUCAAGUCAAUGAAUGCUAUUUUGACCUUUCAAACGUUAGCUCAGCUUGGGAUGUCACAAUAACAGAAAAUCUAAGUUCACUUUAUCCAGAAAAUUAUCGUUUGUCUAAUACAUGCUUUGCUGAUGCAGAACUUGAAUCUCCUGAAGAAAAAAAAGAUAAAGACAAACACAGAGAAGAAAUUAAACUUAACUUUAAGCAGAAAUCAAAAUAA